CAAUUCUACAAACUUACUAUACAAAAAAAAAAGAGUUUAAUACUAUGUCUGAUUUCUUCGGAAGUCUUGGAAGACGAAAACAAAAAAGGUCAACUUCACCUUCUUCUAAUUAUUCUCAACGACAAAGUUUCUCAAGUCAUAGACAAUCCAUUGAUGGGAGACGAUCUAUUAUAUCCAAUCGAAAUUCAGGUGAACCUGUGACUGAAGACCUACCUUCUCCUGAACAAGUGAAUGAUAUGUUUGAACAAAUGCUGGCUAGACGAGGAAUACGUGAUGAACAAGUACGGGAAAGUAUGUUAGCUUGGGAUACGACAAAGAAAUGGCUGAUGAUAAAUCAAGAUCGACAAGCGGAAAUACUGGCAUCAGGAACAUCAGCAUCAGCAGCAGGGAGUGAUGAUAAAGAUCCACCACCACUGAUCAAUAUUUUAGCAGAAAAAGCAGGUGAAAUGUGGAGUGCAACUGUAGAUGCAGGUUCAAGAGCUGUAGAAAAACAUUCACAACGACAAACUAUCUAUCAUCAUCAUCAACAUACUUCUAGACCACUUUCUGGUGAUCCUAUUUCUGGAACAAAUCUCUCACCCUCUUCUUCUACUACAUCGGCUAAUACUGCUUCCAAUGAUCCAAAUUCUCUCUCUUCCGAUCGCAAUACACCAGAGUAUUAUAUUCGAAAAUUCAUGGAAGCUGAUUUACGCGCUGUGACUCCUGCUAUUGCUUCUCACCUUGAAGUCAGCUUACGAACUCGACCUAUUGAUUGGAUCAUCAAAUUUAUUAAUCUUAAAGGUUUCCAUGUUUUAAUCAACGGUUUAUCAUUUGUGAAUCAUAAAACGGAAAGGAAAGAUCGAUUUUUAGAUUUGGAAAUUGAAAUCAUCAAGUGCAUCAAAGUCAUAUUGAAUACAAGAUGGGGUAUUCGCGAAGCAAUUGCUCAUCCAAACUAUACGCAUACAUUGGUAUUUUCUUUGGUAUCUCCUCAUUGGCAAACUCGCAAAAUCACAUGUGAUAUGCUCUUCUUUUUAUGCCAUUGUGAAGUGCCUGUAGGUCAUGAUCAUGUUAUGAAAGGAUUUGAGCUCUUACAACAACAUCGAGAAAGUCUUGGUAUCUUUGAUUCAUGGAUGAAAGACUUGGAACAAACAGUCGAUGGUCGUGGACGAAUGGGAUCCUUGGUGGGUGCUGCGGAUGAACUGAAAAGAUUGGGUGUUUAUAAUGCCCCAGAUAAUCAUUUGAUGGAAUAUGCUUUAUCAAAUAUGAUGUUGGUGAACGUCUUGACCAAUGUGCCCAGUGAAGUGACUGAACGAAUCCAUUUUAGAAAUAUGCUCAAUGCAUCCGGUAUGGCUCGCAUCCUUCCCAAAUUAGAAGCUCUGGAUUAUCAUCUAUUGACUAUUCAAAUUAAUGCAUACAAGAAUGCUGCUGAAAAUGAUCUGGAAGAAGCUUUUGGUGAUGAAUUAUCCAUGUAUUCUGAAGUAUCCCAACCAAGUGAACUUUUUGAACUAAUUAUGGAUAAUCUAGCAGAUGCUCCUCAAGCUGUUGAAUAUCUUGUAGCAACUUUUAGAAGUAUGUUACUGAUCAAAGGUGAACCGGAUUCAAAAACUCAUUAUCAUCAUAUGAUUAGCGAGCUUGUACAGCAAAUAGUUAUGGAUCGACGCAGCAGUGUAGGAACAGAAGCAUUUAGUUCGGCUUAUGGUGUAUCUGUGGGUCAUCUUAUUCAGAAAUUUGGUGAAUUGGAUCGACUACGUCAAUUAGAAGAACAAGAAGCAGAAACAAGGGAACAACUAUUACGAUUGGGAGCGGAAAACAAAGAACUACGAAUGGAAAUGGAAUAUCUACGAUCUCAACGUGGUAGCGGUGCCAAUACACCAUUGUUGAAGGAAUCUGAACCACCAAGGCGAUCAUUGAAUCUCAAAAUGGAAAAUGCGUCAUUACGGGCACUACUACGUACAUCCAAAGCAACUAUUGCCAUGCUACAGCAAGAACUCAAGGAUAAAGAUACAUCUGAUGGGAAAUCGCCAGGGCUUGUGUUAGGGAACGAAUGGAAAUUGUCAAGUGGAAUCUCCAAACACAAGCAGCAAUCAUUUACUAAUGCUAAUGCCGAUAUGGGUGCAUUGAUCAAUUCUACUGAACAACAACAAGAUGAUUCCCAAGCACAUAAAUCAACGCCAGAUGGUACCGAAAAUCAAGAGCAAUCAUCCUCAACGGAUAUCCCUCUUCCUCCUCCACCACCACCUGUACAUGGAUCAGAUUCCUCCUCUAUUCCUCUUCCUCCUCCUCCACCACCUACUACUUCUGGUGUUCCUCCUCCACCUCCUCCACCUCCUGGUGGUCCUGGUAUUCCUCCUCCUCCUCCUCCACCUCCUCCCGGUGGUUCUGGUAUUCCUCCCCCUCCUCCUCCUCCUGGUGGUCCCGGUAUUCCUCCCCCUCCUCCUCCUCCUGGUGGUCCCGGUAUUCCUCCACCUCCACCUCCACCUGGCGGUCCUGGCGUUCCACCUCCUCCACCCCCACCUCCAGGUGCCCGUGGACCUUUGGUACCUGCUGUUCCUCUUGGACCCUUACGAAAAGAACUACGACAUUAUCCUGAAGUGAAACUCAAGAACUUGCAAUGGCAAAAGCUAGAUGCUCGUAAUGUAGAAAAGACGAUCUGGACGACUCAAACGGUGGAUGAAGAUGCGCUAGAAGAUGCUUUGGAUGAAAAUGGUGUGUUUACAAAGAUUCAAGAUCUCUUCCCUGCUAAAGUGAAUACUUUCUUUGAACGAAGAUUGGCCAAAAAGGCUGAAGAAAAGAAGGAUGCUAUUAGAUUUUUGGCUAAAGACAAAGGAAAAAGCAUUAGUAUUGCUCUAUUACCAAAAAUUAGCAAGUUUACCAGUUUGGAAGAAGCAAGACAACAUAUUUUGGCUAUGGAUGAUGAUUUAUGUACUGAAACAUUCCUCAGUAAUUUGGUCACUUAUGUUCCAGAUAAACAAGAUGAUCUCAAGAUCAUGGAGAAAUACCUCAAAGCAACACCCGAAGAAUGUCAAGAGUUAGCCGAACCUGAUCACUUUACAAUUGUGAUGAUGAAAAUGUAUCGCUAUGAAACAAGAAUUCAAUUUAUGCUUUUCCGUGUACAGUUCUGGGAGCGAUAUGAUCAAUUGACAAAGAAUAUGACUGUGGUUCUUGAGGUAUCGGAUGCUUUACGGAAUUCAAGUAGUUUCAAGGAAUUACUUUGUGUGAUUCUUUUACUUGGGAAUUAUAUGAAUGCUUCAAGUCUUCAAGGAGGUGCAUUUGGUAUGCGUAUAUCGAGUAUCAACAAGUUGGUCGACACACGAGCAUCCAAUGUCUCUUCCUUAACAUUACUACAUGUCCUUACUGGUAUUGUUCGACGACACUUUCCUCAUGUGCUACAAUUCGUACGGGAUCUUAAAGAUGCACCGCAAGCGGCAAGAGUGAUGGCCAGUAUCAAUGAUAUGGUACAACAAUACACGGAAAUGAGACAAAGCUUGAAACAAUUAACGUUGGAACUGGGGACAAAAUGGCAACCAGAAGAUGUGACACUCGAAGAAGGUGAUCGUUUCUUGGAUGUGAUGACUGAACAUUGUGAAGCAGCAAACAAUCGAUUUGAAGACCUAGAAACACUCUAUGUCAACAUGGAUGCCAAAUGGAAGGAUGUGAUGAUGUUUUAUGGCGAAAAUCCUAAAGCGAUGCGACCUGAUGACUUUUUCAGCACAAUUGCUCAAUUUGUGACAUCUUGGAAAGAAGCAAGCAUUGCGGAAGAAAAACAUAGUCAAAAGAUCGAACGUGAGGAAAAACGCAAACAAGAAGAAUUGGCACGAAAAGAACGUCAAAAGAAGAAGAAAAUACAAGAUACUGCCAAGGAUGAAUCAUCAUCACAACGAAUUACUGGUGUGGAUAUUAGUGAAGAUGCAAAUACUGGGACAGAUGCGGAUCGAAAUAUGAUGGAUGAUUUAUUGGCCAAGCUAAGAGUAGGUGAUGUAGAAGUUCGGACACGACGUACUGGUGGCAAACAAAAAUCUCGACAAAAACAAUGCAAUGAUGUUGACGAUGAUACCUUAUCUGCUGAAGCUUUACUCAAAUCUUUACAAACUUCCGAUGUAUCAUGAUAGCUUGUACCAAUUAUUUUUUAGCUAAUCAUCACUGUGAUUUUUUUUUAUUAUUAUUAUCAACUAUUUCCCCCUUCUUAUAUCUUUUCUAUAUUACUUUUUUUUUUUAAUAAAAACGCUACCAUACAGACAAACAAUUCUCUUUUUUAUAUAUCCAAUAAAAAAU